AUGAGACUGAACGUUAAGAAUUUUAUUUUUCUCACAAUUGUUUUGAACAUAUCUAAAGUGCAAUCAAAACUUAAAGUACGUCAUCGUUAUAGGGAAAAGUAUGCUUGUAAGGGAUUUAAUGUGAUGGAAAAUUUUGAUGUUUCAAAAUUUGGUGGCACGUGGUUUGAGAUUUUAGCUUAUCCCAACUUAUACACUAGUGAUGGGAAAUGUGUUUUGUCAACGUAUGCAGAAAUAUCCUUCGGAAUAUUUGAUCUUUACGUGAAGUUUGUUGAUUCUUUGGGAAAUGAAAUGAAAUCUUUGGGGAGGGCAGAAUAUGAAAAGCCUGGAAUUUUAUCAGUGAAGUUUCCUUCAUCGCCGAUAGGUGAUGCUCUUUUUCACAUAAUAAGCACCGAUUAUGAAAAUUAUGCUGUUGUUGGUGCUUGCAAUAAAUUCACUGGACUUUACCGUGGCAACAAUGUUUGGAUACUUAGUCGAACAUCCUAUUUAGAUCCAAGAUAUCUCGCAUCUGCUUUAACUGAUAUAAAUAAUAAUGGUUUGUCUAUUACUUAUCUGAAGUGGACACCUCAAGUUUGUGGCUUUUCUUCUAUUUUUUAA